AACGUGUCGCGCUGCCGUUCUGCGCUGUCCCGGUCCACUCCUCAAACCCCAAGCACCGGUGGCCGGUUGAUCCUCUUGCAUAUUCUGAAACCUCCGCCUUUCUCUCUGCUAGAUAAAGAGGUGAAAGUGGCGAGUCUAGGUAGAGAGAGGACUAGGAGGGCCAAGUGCGGCGAUGGGAAGUGGAAAUUAUUAGCCGUGAAGCAUGUGGGCCAAGUCGAGUUCGGUUAUCGGGUUGCACCAGACACGCCACUCAAAAAUAAAUAUAUCAGCCAUUUCUAUUGA